AUGACGACGACGGUCGAGCUGGCCACGGUGCCAACGGCCGAUACGCCGGGAACAUGUAUUUAUGUGCACCACGAGAAGCGCUCCUACGUCUUUGGCCAUUUGGCCGAGGGCACGCAGCGCGCCUUUUCGUGUCGCAAGCUGCACCUCGGCAGCACCGAGCACGUCUUCCUCUCGGGUGCCGUCGGCUGGUCGCAAAUGGGCGGCCUAAUUGGCUACCUCUUGAGCAUUGGCGGCGCUUUUGACGCGGCCAAGGAAUUUCGCGCCACAGAGAACUCGAAGCGCGCCGAAAAGGGACAGAAGAUGUUGCGUCAGCUCCGAAAUGAGGGCGUGACAGUCCACGGCGCAGACAACCUGUGCCACAUUCUCGCCUCGGCCCGCCCCGUCAUUUUUCGCCAGCCCGUCUCCGUGCGUGCCAUGGAACACAGGGAAGACCCGCGUGGCGCUGACGCGGCGCUGACGGCACCGGACUGGGAGGACGAGUCGAUUCGCGUGUGGAAGAUACCAGUGCCGAGGGCGCGCUCCAGCAGCCCAACCAAGCGCCGAUGCAGCGGCAGUGCGACAAGUAAUGGGAGCAGCAAAGACAUGUACAAGCCGGCCUCGGAGCCAUCAGACCCCUCUGUGGCAGCGUUGAUCAUGGAAAGGAUCAUGUUCACCGGUAGCCACGAUAAAAUCGUCAUGGUUCCUAGGAGCAUUGACGAGCUGAAACCAGACGACGACGCAAUCAUAUUAGAUGGCAAUAGUCUGCGGCGUUAUAAGGGCCCUUUUGUCAGCAGCGGAGCCAAGGCGUGGGUGUUCCCUGAUGCCGACUCUGCGCCGCCCAAGGGAGACGCGGAUGCCAUCAACGCUAUUUCAAACGGCGCACUGCCGCCGACGUCGUACUCGGGGACAUCAAUGAGCUACAUCAUGAAGUGUCAAGACCGACGAGGCAAGUUCAACGCCCAGGCAGCAAAGGAACUCGGUGUAAAGCCCCAAAGUUUCAAGCUUUUGACGGCUGGUGAAACGGUCACGACAGAGAGCGGCACUAUCGUCACUCCCGACAUGGUGCUUGGAGAGCGCCAGCUCGGCAAGGGUAUAGCUGUCGCAGACAUUGCCAGCCUCGACUUCCUCGACGCCUUCUUUGAGCGUCCGGAGUGGACAAAUGCCGAAAUCAUGUCAGAAAUAACCUCCAUGUACUGGAUCCUGGGCGACGGGCUUGCCUCGAAUCCCAAAAUCCAUCAAUACAUCAAGACGCACCCAAACAUGAAGCAUAUUCUAUGUUCCCCCGGCACAUGCCCCAACAUGGUUAGCAAUGCCAGCUCUGCCGAGAUGCUCGCCAAGCUGCGCCGCAUCGAUCCCGAACGGUUCCCCUUUGUCUCGUUUGACAACACCGUCGACUACCAAACCCCCGACGAUGCUCCGUCCAUUGAGCUUGGCCGAGCCGGCCACAAGGUCCAAAUCAUGCCGCGCCUGUUUUACAAGGACGAGGCCGUGGCGCCGUUCCCCGACCUGCAGCUGGCCUACAACUCUGUCGACGAGGAGACCUUGGCGCUCGCGCAAGAAGCCAACGCCAAAGCCACCGACCCGGCCUUCCUCGCGCGCAUCGAGCGCCAAGAAGCCGACAUUCCCAACCGCGACGCCGAAAUCAUCCCCCUCGGCACCGGCUCCAGCGUGCCCAACAAGCACCGCAACGUGUCCGGCACGCUGCUCCUCGUCCCCGGCAUCGGCAACUACCUCCUCGACUGCGGCGAGGGCACGCUCGGCCAGAUCAAGCGUUUAUUCGGCCCCGCGGGCACCGCCGCCGUCCUGCGCGACCUGCGCUGCAUCGUCGUCAGCCACCUCCACGCCGACCACCACCUGGGCAUGGCCACCACGAUCAAGGCCUGGUACGAGCAGGCCCUCGCCGACCAGAGCGACGCGCUCCUCGCCAUCAGCUGCAUCGGCCGGUACCGCGCCGUCCUGCAGGAAAUCGCCCAGGUCGAGGACAUUGGCUUCCACCGGCUGCGCUUCCCGAGCUGCACCGGCGACCGCGGCGACCGCGACAAGACCACGGCCGAGGACCUGGCCGCCCUCGGCGCGCCCGACGCGUUCGGCCUGCGCGCCAUCAAGCGCGUGCCCGUCGCGCACUGCUGGCGCGCCUACGCCACGGAGCUCACGCUCGUCUCGGGCCUCCGCGUCGCCUGGUCCGGCGACUGCCGCCCGUCGAGCCGCUUCGCGCAGGCCUGCCGCGGCGCGCACCUGCUGGUGCACGAGUGCACCUUUGGCGACGACAUGCAGGACCACGCCCGCUACAAGAUGCACAGCACCAUGGGCGAGGCGCUCGGCGUGGCCCGCGAGAUGCGCGCCCGCCGCACCCUGCUCACCCACUUUUCGCAGCGCUACGGCAAGGCCGACGCCCUGCAGCCGAGCGUCGACGGGCCCGACGACGCCGACAGGGAGCAGUCGGUCCUGCUCGCCCAUGACUUGAUGCGUGUGAAGCUGGGCGACUUUCAAAAGGCCGCGUGCUACAUUCCGGCGAUUGCGCAGGUCAUGGCCAAGACGUCGGAUACGUAG